AUGAGACUGGUUUCAUUUCUCCCAUUAUUGCUGAUCCACACGACAGCAGCGACGUCAGCAGAUACCACAGCAGUAGAUUUGUCAGACUUCUACGCAGGAACAAAUCCUAGUGCACUUGAUUCGGCUAUUUCAGUGCCCGAGGGAAAUUACAAGCCCAAACACGUGGUUCACAUUUCCAGACGACGUCUGAUAUGCAGAACCAACGAAGAUACAGGAGAAGAAAUCUGCAAGGUGGACAAUUCCGACCCCCAGGAAUCAAUCAUCGAAGAAGUUGAUUGUUCCAAGAAGGAGAGAAACACCAAUGUUGGUCUCAGAGUAGGUGCUCUGUUUGCUGUGCUCGGUACUUCUGCUCUGGGCGUGUUCCCUCCAGUGCUGGCUGAAUCCAUCUGGAGAAUCAAUCUCGAAACUCUCCCUAUGACCUUCAUCAAACAGUUUGGCACAGGUGUCGUUCUGUCCACUGCAUUCGUUCAUCUAGGAGCUGAGGCUACCGAAGAGUUCAACAACCCCUGCAUCGGAGAGGUUGAGUACAAGCCUACUCCCCUGGCCUUUGUGCUGGCUGGCCUCUUCAUCUCCUUCCUCAUUGAAUACCUCGGAGCCCGUCUUUUGAGAUGGAGAGCAAACACCCUAGAGGCUCGACGAAACGAGAACCAAGACUGCGAGGAGACCAAGUGCGGACAUGAUCACGACCACGGCCAUAUUAUUGACAACACUGGAGGAGACACUGAGGACUCUGACAAUGGGGGAGAACCCGUUCAAGAGAUUGUCGAAGAUGUUAUUGAAAAGGCUCCCUCUCGUCUCUCUUCCUCUUCUGUCAGAAGAAGUACUACUCAGACAACUGCUCCCCCUCCUCCUAUCGCCGGCGGAUGCCACUCCCACGGUCUCAUUGACCCCACUGAUAAGUUUUCCGUCUGGAUUAUGGAGGCAGGUAUCAUUUUCCACUCUGUUCUGGUUGGAGUCACCGUCUCUCUUGCUGAGGAGGACACCUUCAUCACCUUGUUUAUUGCCAUUCUGUUCCACCAAAUGUUCGAGGGUGUUGGUCUAGGGUCGCGUAUUGCUGGCCUGAAGGAGUCUCGCCUCAUUUCCAAGUGCCUCAUGUGCUUGUGGUUCUCCAUCAUCACCCCCAUCGGCAUGGCCAUUGGUCUUGGCGUGCUUGACCACUUUGAAGAGAACCCUACCACUCUGUGGGCUCUCGGUAGUAUCGACGGUCUCUGUUGCGGAGUUUUGGUGUACGCUGGUGUUGUAGAGAUGUUAGGCUUUGACUGGCUGUUUGGUGACCUCCAAGAUGCUCCUCCUCUUCGAGUCUGCGUUGGCCUUGUCGGGCUCACUCUCGGAAUGCUGCUCAUGUCCCUGGUUGGACACUGGGCCUAA